AUAUACUCUCUCUCUUCUUUUUAUUUUCUUCAUUCACAUAUACUUUUCUCCAUUACACACAUUUCGAUGUAUGUAUAUAAGAGAACCUCACACACACACACAAUCACACACCAUCUCCCCCUUCUCCUCAUCAGCAUAACUGAGAAAGAGAGAAAGAUACAACAAGAAGAUGGGAAGAGCACCGUGUUGUGACAAGGCAAACGUGAAGAAAGGCCCUUGGUCUCCUGAAGAAGACGCAAAACUCAAAGAUUACAUCGAGAAUAAUGGCACAGGAGGGAACUGGAUCGCGUUGCCUCAGAAGAUCGGUCUAAGAAGAUGUGGGAAGAGUUGCAGACUAAGGUGGCUCAACUAUUUGAGACCAAACAUCAAACAUGGUGGCUUCUCUGAGGAAGAGGACAACAUCAUUUGUAAUCUCUAUGUUACCAUUGGUAGCAGGUGGUCUAUAAUUGCUGCACAAUUGCCUGGAAGAACAGACAACGAUAUCAAGAACUAUUGGAACACGAGGCUCAAGAAGAAGCUUCUUAACAAACAAAGAAAAGAGUUCCAAGAAGCUCGGAUGAAGCAAGAGAUGGUGUUGAUAAAGCGACAAGAACAAGGACAAAGCCAGAGUAGUGCUAGUAGGGAUCUUUAUUUGAACAACAUGUUUGGAUCAUCACCAUGGCCAUUACUACCUCAGCUUCCCUCUCCUCACCAUCAAGUACCUCUUGUCAUGAUGGAACCAAGAAGCUACGAUUACUAUCAAAUGACACCGUCUUGCAACUUCGAACAAAAGCCAAUGAUCACACUCAAGAACAUGGUCAAGACUGAAGAAGAACCGGAAAGAACAAACCCUGAUCAUCAUCACCCUGAAGAUUCUAUCACAAACCCUUUUGAUUUCUCCUUCUCUCAGCUUUUGUUAGAUCCUAAUUACUACCUGGAGUCAGGAGGAGGAGAAGGAGAGCUCGCGAUCACGAGUAGCAGCACAAACUCUCCAUUACCAAAUUACACAAGUGCUGAUCACCAUCAACAACAUGAGAUUCUUCAAUGGUUUGGGAGUAGUAAUUUUCAGACAGAAGCAAUCAAUGAUAUGUUCUUAAACAACGACAUAGCGAAUCUUGAGACCAAUGAGAACACAAGAUUCUGUGGAAACUCGCCAGUAGCCGGAGCUGCAGCAGCUUUAGCCGGUGGAACGACGAGUACAUCGGCGGAUCAAAGCACAAUAAGUUGGGAGGAGAUAACCUCUCUUGUCAAUUCCGAUGAUGCAAGUUACUUCAAUGGGUUAAAUCAUGUGUAACUUUUUUUUUUUUGUAAAAUUUUAUUUUGACUAAUAUAUAAAGAGGUUUUUGUAUAAAUGUGGGUUUUAUAAGGGACUGGUCAGAAAAAAAACAUAUGGAUUUAGAUUAAUAUUCAUGUAGACAAUUUUUAUUUAAGUUUCGAUUCAGCUUUAUUCACGACCAAUAUAUAUGAUCUCUUGAGUUUCUA